CCAGAGUUUUCUCUCGUUAUUUCUCCCAUGAUCUUCCAUGAUCAUAGAUUACAUUAGGAAAGUGGUAUGGAAACUAUAUUUGAGAUAUAUCCAAAAAGCACAAAUAGGCACACACAAAUAAUUCAAUGUCUCUCCAUGCACAUCCUUUAACUGUGUGUAGGUGUUAAUUUAUGCAUUGGUGUACUCAAGUGGGGUUUCCUAAGUAUUAUUCAUUACAUUAAUAUGUCUUUAUUGUAUAUGAGAGGAAACUCAGAACUCCAAUUUUUUUCUUCCAUAGUCGGCUUUCUUCUCACCUCUUGAACUCUCAAAUCCGAUCGAAGAAGGAGAAGAAGAACACAAUCUUCAUCGCCAGUCGCUCUGCAAUUGCAGUUGUUAUAAUAGUAAUAGUUUUGUUGAUCGGGCAGAAUCGCCGGAUUGAGAAGCUGAAAUGAAAUCAUCAUUUGGCAAACUGAAGAAACUGACGUUGCACAAGAGCGAUGCGAAGGAGAAGAAGGAUCACCACACUUUGUCCCUCUCCGAUGGCCUCUCGCAGGCUUCCCAUGAUAUGAAUGACAUGAAGAACUGCUACGACAGUUUACUUUCUGCAGCUGCAGCUGCAGCAAAUAGUGCAUACGAGUUUUCGGAGUCCCUGGCAGAAAUGGGGAAUUGCCUAUUGGAGAAAACUACACUCAAUUGUGAUGGAGAUUUUGGCAAAGCAUUCUCGGCACUAGGAAGAGUGCAACUUGAACUGCAGAAACUUGUUGAUGGAUAUCGUACUCAUGUUAUUGGAACAAUCACAAACCCAUCAGAGUCUCUUCUAAGUGAGCUCCGGAAAGUGGAGGAGAUGAAACUACAAUGUGAUGAGAAGAGGGAGGUGUAUGAGUACAUGAUUAGUAAGGGAAAAGGUGGAAAGGGUGAGAGUUUUACUCCACAGCAAUUACAUGCUACUCGUGAAGAACAUGAUGAAAUGGCAAGAUUCUGCAUUUUCCGUGUUGAAUCUCUGAAGCAAGGGCGAUGUCACAGUCUUUUGACCCAAGCCACUCGUCAUCAUGCUGCACAGUUGAAUUUAUUCCGGAAGGGGCUCAAAUCUCUUGAAUCUGUUGAUCCACAAAUAAGGAUGGUUGCUGGUAAGCAACACAUAGAUUUCCAAAUAAGUGAAGUAGAUGGUGCAAGCAACGGUAGAUCUAAGAGCUAUGAUGGUGGCGAGGAAGGGGAAUUGAGUUUUGAUUAUAGAACAAACAAGGUGGAAAUAAGUAGUCCUUACAGCUUGAGAAACUCAAUUGAGUUUGAUCAUGUAGAUGCUCCUAUUACACAAACUUCAGGCAUGGAAGAAGUUGAGUUAAAUUUCAAACCCCAAGAUCAUGUUUUUAACAGACCGUCUCGGGUCAGUAGUCAUUCUGCUCCAAUUUUUGCGGAGAAGACGGAUAUAUCUGAAAGGAUUAAAGAAUCUCAAACAUCUGCACGGAAUUUUCAUACAUAUGUGCUACCAACUCCAUCAGAUGCAAAAACCUCAACAGCUGCAAGGACAAGUUCGUUUUUUCCUUUAAGCACUUCGAAUGUCAAAGAUGAUAGCUUGUUGGUUCAUGCAUCUACAAAAUCUCAAUCAACAUCCACAGAAAGCAACAGUAACAAUAUGUCCACCCCGCUACCCUGUCCUUUAGAGGGAACUUUGCUUCAACAUAUCGAGUCACAAAAUAAUACAUUUGAUAUGAAAAGGGGAACAAGAAUCUCUUUCUCUGGUCCCAUAUCAAGUAAAUCAUCAUCAUCAUCAUCAUCUAACAAGCCUUCAAUAUCUGUUAGUGGACCUAUUGCAUCUGCUGAGAGGUCCCACCAGCCAGAAUAUGGAUUCACUUAUGGAGCACCAAGAGCCCAGCCCAUAGAUGUUUCUCGCAGUGCCUCGCCUCCUCCCCUUGCGGCUUCACCAAAAAUAAGUGAGCUGCAUGAGCUCCCUCGCCCACCUGCCUCUUUAGUUCCCAAGCCUUCAUGUAGCUCAGCUGUGAUUGGACAUCCCCGUUUGGCGGGUUUAAAGCCAGGCUCUUCAUUACCUUCACGACAUCUUUGUGUUUCCAGAAGCUUCUCCAUACCUUCCAGCAAUCAUAGAUCAAUUGGUUUAAAUGAGCCCCAGCUAGUGGGUUCUCCAAAUGUGAAAGAUAGUCCUGAAGUAUCAUGUCCCCCAUUAUCACCUAUUUCACUGUCAAAUAUUUCAACAUUCUCAGUAGUAGCCACCAGUUCUGGCCAAAUCAGAGUGAACGCAGGUGGAAGAUGAUCGACCUUGCCACUCUGGCAAAUGCGGCAAAUGCACCCAGUGGCUUCAGACCUCUUGUGGUUCUCUUCUCAGAGCAGAGUUUGUUGAUGGCAACCCGUGUAAAUGUUGUAAGCACUUGAUAUAAAAUUACAUCAUGUUUCGUUCAAGUUGUUCUUCCUCUUUAGUAUACAUAUUAGAGCAUCGUAUACAUCAAGUUUUGACCACUCGUCACUGCCUAGACCUGCAAGUUUUCUCCGAAUUAACCCUCCCCUGCUGUUGUGUCAAAAUCAAACACUCCAUUGCACGAAGUGAAAUGCGUUAUUCAUUUUCUCAUUUCUUUAAGUGUUAACAUGACGGAAUGUUUGUACUAAGUAGCAACAGGUGUUAAAUUGAGGAACCCACAGAUGUUUUGUAUGGCGUUGAUGUAUUGUACUAAUUCGGGAAAAUGAUGCUUUUGAUCUCUCAAAAAUGUAGCUCCAAUUGUUGUUAAUUUA